GGUUUUGUUCCAGGCAUGUUUGGCGUUUCUCACGGUGCACUACAGUUUAUGGCGUAUGAAGAAAUGAAAAAGCUUUACAUCAAACGAUAUAACCUUUCUCCAGAUAGACAUUUGAGCACUGUUGAAUACCUUGCAAUAGCUGCUCUAUCAAAGUUGUUUGCUGCUAGUGUGACGUACCCUUAUCAGGUGUUGAGAGCUAGACUACAAGACCAGUUCACAGAUUAUAAAGGUCUGAUAGAUGUAAUCAAUAAAACAUGGCGGUAUGAAAGGCUCAGAGGAUUUUACAAGGGAUUGAGUGCGUACCUGCUACAUGUUACUCCGAACAUUUGUAUUGUGUUUCUCAUGUAUGAAAAGAUUACUGCUCCUAGAGAGAAAGAAGAUCUUAGCUUGGUGACCUGUGAGGAAGACGCACGGUGACAGAAGUUCCAUUGGUAGCCAGGUGUUUAAAAGCAGCUGUUUCUAUUGUUUAUAACCACAGAAAAAAAAAUUAAAUAUAGAUUUUAACCUGGAAAACAGAUUAUUAGGUUGUUGUGUGCCAAAAUAAGUACUGGAUGUGGUGUACCUAAUAUAUUCAUAUUGGAAAAAAUAUCUGGUGUCAUGGAUUAUGAGUUUAAAAGAAACAUUUUGUAGUUUUAAAGUGAAAAGAUGUUUUUUUUUUGGUAAAAGCUAUACAUAAAAUGAGUCGUAUCUUCAAGUUUCCGAUAAGUUGGUGAAAUAGUGAGCUGUGUCAUUUUGUUAUCAAGUUAGAAAUGAGUAGUAAACGAUUUAGAAUUAUUUGUUAUCAAUUUCUUUAAAAUAUUUAGAUAUUGUGCAUAUGUUUUAGAAUGUUUUUGUCUUUCUUGUGGCUGAAUGAAAAAUGGAUUGGUUUUGUGCAAUGAUUAAAAUACACUUGAGUACAUUUGUUUUUUUUUGUUAAUGGUGCAUGUAUUUUGGAAAAGUUUAUUUAUGCCUGAGAACUGUAAAGUCGUGUACUGAUUGAAUUACCAGACCAAAGAAAGUGGCCAGAAGUAUCUUGGACAUGCCAGACCUUUAAAAGGUAAAGUAUUAAGGGUGGGGGAGAUUUGAUAGUUGCAUUAGCUGUAAAUUCUAACCUUGAAGGUUAAUUAGUAUUAAUUAUCAAAGUAGGUGUCUUACACAUUCACUUGAGAAUUGUCCCAGUAAGAAAAAAUUAAAAUACAAUGAUGAUCAUCAACAUUAUUAUGAUUUAUCACAGACUGAUGGAAACAACUAGGAAUAGUUUGUGUUAACUUUAAAUACUUGCUUCGUACUAUUACACCAGCUAAACUCAGAAUGGUUAACUUAAGACUUCGGUUCUUGUUUUACAUCAUUUACACUUUGCUAGAGAUGUAUGAAGACAAAGAAUGUUGAAAUUUCUCUAGUUCUUUACCAUAUACUUGGAUGUUGUUUGUAUGUUAAAAUCAAGAUUGGUUGUAUGCUAAAAUCAAGAUUGGUUGUAUGUUAAAAUCAAGAUUGUUUGUGUGUUAAAAUCAAGAUUGUUUGUGUGUUAAAAUCAAGAUUGGUUGUGUGUUAAAAUCAAGAUUGGUUGUGUGUUAAAAUCAAGAUUGGUUCUGUGUUAAAAUCAAGAUUGGUUCUGUGUUAAAAUCAAGAUUGUUUGUUCUUCAUUCAUACUUCAACAUUUCUUUAUAUUUUUCUUGAAAGGUAAGAAUUACGAUUGUUCCUGAACACUUUCUGGAAUGUGCACCUGUUCAGUACUUCAACAAACCCUCAGGUACUUGUUCAAGGAAUUUCAGUACAUCUUUUGAUAUGAAAUUAAAUAUGCACUUCGAAGCUUUAUCAGAUUCGUGGAUGUCUGUUACAGGUUCAAGUAAAAAAUUGUUUUAUCAGCUUUACUGCUCCAAUAUAAUUGUAAAUAGCUUCUGGGGGUUGAGAUAGCUUGCUCUUCUUUCAAUAUUUUGGCAUAUCUACUUUUGGGAUGUAAUAGUGAUUGUGUAUGAACCUGAUGCUUCACGGUUAUCUAGGUAAUUUCAGAAAAAAAUGACUUCUUUCUGUGCCUUUGGUACUUCAACACAACUUGAAUGUUGUAAAUUUUAAGUUCUACGUUCUUAUUUCCAGAACAUGGAUAUAAGUCUGUACAUAUUUGGGUUCUUUAUUUCAGAAUGUAUACAAACAAGUCGGUUAGUGUUAUUGCAUGUGUUUUUGAUCGAGUAAUGCAACGUUUUUUAUAGAGAACUUGUAUAGAAGGUAUAGAUUUUUUUACUAAUGAGCUGAGAUUAAUGUACAGAAAUAGUUAGUGUAACAAAUGUUAUCAAGGAAAGAUUGUUUAAUGGAGAGAAAGAUAUUAAUACUUUUAUCUUUCUGUUUCGAGCUAAAGGUCUAGUCAGUAUAUUACUGGUUGGUAACUCCACAAUUGUGAUCGACAUUUCCUUGCCUUAGUUGUGUGUCGGAUAAGAUGUUGUAAUUGUUGCACUGUGAGAAAAGAGUGAUAAGUCAAAAAGGUAGUUAUGAGAAUGAAGUAAACAGUUGUUUUAGAAAUGCGUGUUAUAUAUAGUUUUUAUUUUGUUCAUAUGAGAGUUGAUUAAUUAUUGUCUAUUUUUGAAAUAAUUCAAGAAGUGAUGAAAUGAAAAGUCACUAAUUCAAGAUUUUUUUUUUAUCAUAAAUAAAGUAUUUGUUAUCUUCUCAUUAUCUCCUCCAUUAAAUUAAUGUGUUUGAACAAAACAUGCUUCAGUGAAUGGAAAAAUCACGAAUUUUUAGGCAUCCCAGAUUUCUAUAAAAUAUUACUUUAUUUUUAAAAGAUUUAAAGAGAUGUAAGUAGGAUAUGGAAAAACCUGAUUUCAAUGUCGGAUAAAGCAGUUAUGUUUUUUAAGUUUGAAUCUAUCAUUAAAAUGCUAUUUACUUCAUGUCUUGUAAUUGACUUCACUUUGCACUCUGAGAAAGUAUAUUCAUACAGCUUUUCAAUAAAAUUGAUUAUUAAUCAA